AUGACAUCUGUCCUGCGCCUGGGCAACAAGGACCGUUCGUCCUUCUCGUUCUUCAAGCGACAGAGCUCUGAUAAUACAUCGGAUGUUUCUUCCGAUAAUCUUGCCCACCGCCUUCCCGACAUCUCACAUGUCGACACUCGAUCCUUUGCGGAACUAUUUGACGAGUUUAUGACCAAGGAGAUCAACGACGUACCCAAAGUCCAAGUGCAAACUGAGGCAACACAGGCCCCCAAGUUGUUGAAGGACAUCGCCUCCAACCCCCCGGCCCAAACGACCCUAUCUACAAAAGCUUUCGAUACCAAGGUCGACUUUUUAAAAGUCAAUAUCACCAGGAAUGACUCUGCAGCAUCAUCUUGCUAUUCUCAACCAAGCCAGAGGGAUAGCGAUUGCUCGCCCUUGGUCACGAGGCAGUCUUCGAGCUCAAGCUAUACCCAGGAGCCGUCACCCGCAAAUCAGAAAACGGUUACGUUGAAACCCACGCCUAUAUCGAUCCCUAAACGACUGACCCAAGGAUUUUGGGGCAAUUUUACAGAAUCUCCUGUAAGCGCUCAGCCUUCGCCGUCAAGGGCCAACUCUUCUCUGAUAAGGGUCGUAUCGGUGCCGCCAAACCUCGAUAAACCACUUCCCCCGGGCCCAACCGACAUAAAAAGAGCUUCCACUUCGGUACCGGAUCUACUUCUACGUCAACCACUGGCGGAGCUUCCGUCGGUGUUUCCUAUCUCAACCACUCACUCCUCUACCAAAGUACAGCGCACGUAUUCUCAACCGAGCGUGAUGGUCUCCAUGAGACGGAGCUCUGAUGGCGGUGCCGUAUCAGAACUGCCGGCAUGGUCGUCACGAUCAAUGCGAGGGCCUUCGUCGGAGAGGACUGCCAGCCAUGGACAUCACAGAAAUCGCUCAGUGUCUGACACGGAGGUCCCGCAUCCCGGACGUUCUUUGACCCAAGUUUCCAGGCGCCACACGGUUGAUAUGCAGAAGCUCGCUUUGACUGCCACCUCUUCCUUUCGCCCGAAUCAGACAGCCAGAAAGCAGAAUCGACGUCCGAUCACUGCCGCCACCGCGGAGCGUGUUAUCUACAGAAUCAUGUGCAGCUUGCACAGCGCACAAGACCUCCAGGCUACUGCCAUGGUCAGCAAAGGCUUUUUGCGGACUUUUCAGCGCAACGAGUCCAAGCUAGUAAGCCAUUUGAUUUUCAAGACAUCACGAGCUGCUUGGGAGCUUCGGCGGAGCAUUCUGGCUUUGAAAGGAUCGAAUGACUUUCUCCUGAAGGAUUAUCGCCGUGACUGCCGAACGCUUGACGCGCUAAAGGCGUUCAUCGUAGCUCACUGCAGUUCGAGCUGCAAGCGAAGCACUCUCGUUGGUCUUCUUGGUCAAGAUGAUGAUAGAAAAGCUCGGGUUGAUGAUGCGUUGUGGCGCAUAUGGACUUUCUGCACUCUAUUUGGAAACACGGUUGGUCAAUCUGGGCCCGCGCAGACGGAAAUCGAUUGGCUCAACGGCAGCAGAGCGGCCACCAACAAACAGCUCGGUGCCGGUUUCGCUAUUGGAAACGGAAAGGGACUGGCGACUCACGAACUAGAGGAUAUGAACGAGAUGUGGCAGUGUUUACAAAUCCUCAUGUCGGGUUUCUAUGGUCGAGAACAAGAAGCCAAGCGAUAUGGAGUCUUUGACAAUUGGCACUUGCGAGACACAACCUCAGAGUCUCAACAUCUCGUAGAGUGGACUUCGUAUCUACUCGCCCUUGGUCCACAAACCGUUCUUUCAUUGUCAAGCUGCUCGUUCGAACAGGCAAAGAUGCUUGGCCUGACAAACUGGCCAAUUCCACAGGCAGGUCAAAGUCGAUCAUCCUUCUUGACCACGGCAAUUGCACAAGUCUACCAAGAGAGGGUGCUUGAAGAUGCCACUCGGAGGGCAGCACGGAUGUCGCUACGACACAUACCAGGACAAAACUCAGUCCCCCGAGCCCCGGUCCAUCGCCCAACCAGAUCACUCGACGAACAAAUGGUCAACUUGCCUUCCGCUCGCGCCACCAUUCAGUCGCAACCGCUGCGGAUUGAUACCUCUAGCCUGAAAAGGAGACCAAUCUCGACGAAUGCUUUUGCAGAGGUACGACUGGAGAUACGCCCGGACUGCGAUCCUGCGAAUGAUCGGCAAGAGAUCCGACCUGAUUGUGAUCCUGGUUCUAGGAUGAACCGGGCAUCACACCUUCUUCCGACCUCUCCCUCAACAGAUCCUACAGUCUAUCAUUCGCUUUCAAUGACUUCGACAGCAAGCACCAAACUUGGAGCUACGUUAUUCCCUAUGGACUAUGCCAGUCCUGCGCCUCGAGUUCCUUUCCGGACCCCUGAGCCGGCCGCAGCCACAGCUUCUGGCAUUGUGGAUCCGGUCGACAAAGCAAUGAACCUCUUGGUGCGUGAAUACGGGUUUCCUGAGACGAGAGCGAGGAAGGCUCUUGCCAUGUGCGAUUCGGGUUCCGGAAUUGAUUUGCAGAAGGCGAUCGAAUUAUUGACUGUCGAUUCAAAGGAUGCACAAAAAGGGAACCCUCUGCCUGUAGAGUUACCUACACCUGCCAGUGUCGCUAGUUCCAACAGACUGAAGAAGGCUCAGCCGUCAAAGGCAUACUGCGACGGCCAUUGCUCGCGAACGCCGACCUUCUCGCACUCCAGAAACAAAUCGACGGGCACUACGGGCACCGGGACAGAUGUCUCUCUGAGUCCGGUCUCGGCGCUUGGUGAAGAAGAGUGGCAAGACACAAUAUCUCCACUUCUUUGUACGCCAACAUUGGGUCCUCGAUUGAAGGCCCCAGUGGCUCGAGGGCCAAGCAAGGCUAAAGCAUGGAAAGUGCUAGGAAUGGACAGCCUGCCUAAACGGAAGAACUCAGUGCUUCAUAUCGACGAGUAUCAAGCCAAAGUGGAAAGACGAAAGAGCAUGCGCGCGAACACCAAUGGAGAGCAGCAAAGUUCGAAGAUCAAAGAGGGGCUCGGCAAAAACUUGCUCGGUUUGGGACUUGGUAUCGGUAGUGGUGCUGGAGCGAAAUCGGCGGAGGCACAACUUGAGCGUGUUCGCGAGGAAGAGAGGCGGAAGAAGGAGAAAAACCGUACCAGUUGCAUGCCCAGAUAUGCCUGA